CUCCCAGGCUCCCGCGGCUUGGCGUCCCUGGCCCCGCGCCCUCAUCACUCUUCCCUCGGACACGCGGGCGCGUCUUUCCCCAGCCCCACUCCCGCUCUGAGGGGGCGCCCAUGAUUUUGCACAGCCUGGGGAAAGUCCCCGAGUCACGCGGGCGUGUGGGACGCCUGUAACGCUGAGGCUCGCCCCCACGCUUCCGCCUACAGAGUCACGACUGGGGACUGUGGCGGAGGCGCCGAGCGCGGGCCGACCCCCUCCUGGCCACUGGACCGGGCGGGCGGGCGAGCUGGCACGUAAGCACGCACGCACACUCCGGCCACGGCGCCCCUCGUUCGCGGCUACCCGGCGCGGGGUCACGUGGGCCCGUCACGGGGCGGCCGGCGCGGGAAGCCGCGCGAGAACGGCCCAUGGGGUGCGUGAGCCGGCGCCGCCGCGUGACGUUGGCGGCGCGGGAGCGGCCCCUCCCGCAUGGAGGAGCCCGCUGGCCGCCGCGGCGGCGUCUGGGUAAGCGACGCGGCCCGGCCCCCGUGGGCUGCUCCAGGCUCGGUCCCUCCCGCCGCGAGCCGCCCGGGGCGGCGGCGGCCUGCAGCUGCGCCGGUCGCGGGACAGAUAGCCACAAUGGACACAGCUAGCCAUAGCCUUGUCCUUCUGCAGCAGCUGAACAUGCAACGAGAAUUUGGUUUUCUGUGUGAUUGCACAGUUGCUAUUGGAGAUGUUUACUUCAAAGCCCACAGAGCAGUGCUUGCUGCUUUUUCUAACUAUUUCAAGAUGAUAUUUAUUCACCAAACAAGUGAAUGCAUAAAAAUACAACCAACUGACAUCCAGCCUGACAUAUUCAGCUAUUUGUUGCACAUUAUGUACACGGGGAAAGGACCAAAACAGAUUGUGGAUCAUAGUCGUUUGGAGGAAGGGAUUCGCUUUCUUCAUGCCGACUACCUUUCUCACAUUGCAACUGAAAUGAAUCAAGUGUUCUCACCAGAGACUGUGCAGUCCUCAAAUUUAUAUGGCAUUCAAAUCUCAACCACCCAAAAAACAGCUGUCAAAGAAGGGCUGGAGGUCAAAGAAACGCCUUCCAAUAACAAUGGAAACAGAGCUGCUGUCCAGGGUGACCACCCCCAGUUGCAGCUUUCUCUUGCUAUUGGGCUGGAUGAUGGCACUGACCAGCAGAAGGUCCAUCCUGCAGCCCAGGCCUUGGAGGAACACCAGAAGCCUCCAGUGUCCAUCAAGCAGGAGAGAUGUGACUCAGAAUCUGUGAUCUCCCAGAGCCACUCCUCAUCCUCAUCCGAGAUGACAGGCCCCACGUUCACCGAAAGUAGCAUCAAAAUUCACUUAUGCCAUUACUGUGGAGAACGUUUUGAUUCUCGUGGUAACCUAAGACAACAUCUCCAUACCCAUGUGUCUGGAUCUCUCCCAUUUGGCGUCCCUGCUUCCAUUCUGGAAAGUAAUGACCUUGGUGAAGUGCACCCACUUAAUGAAAAUAGCGAAGCUCUUGAAUGCCGCAGGCUCAGCUCCUUCAUUGUCAAGGAAAAUGAGCAACAGCCUGACCACUCAAACCGGGGUACCACAGAGCCUUUGCAGAUCAGUCAAGUGUCUUUGAUCUCCAAAGACACAGAGCCAGUAGAAUUAAACUGUAAUUUUUCUUUUUCAAGGAAAAGAAAAAUCAGUUGUACCAUCUGUGGUCAUAAAUUUCUCCGAAAGAGCCAAUUGCUGGAACACAUGUAUACACACAAAGGUAAAUCUUACAGAUAUAACCGAUGCCAAAGGUUUGGUAACGCAUUAACCCAGAGAUUUCAGCCAUAUUGUGAAAGCUGGUCUGAUGUCCCCCUGAAAAGUUCUCGCUUGUCGCAAGAACAAUUAGACUCAUCUUGUGCCUUAGAGUCAGAGCUCACACAAGAAAAUGUGGACACUAUCCUAGUUGAGUAGCAGUUUCUUCAGAAUUUUUAUAUCAGUUCUGACAAUUCACAUGCAUUUUUUUAUUCAUAAAUUAUUUUCCUCCUCAAGUUCUGUUAACUUUUCUUCUUUACUAUUUAUUGAUAGUUUUAACAUUGUAAUAUAUUAAUUCAUGGUUUUUAAAAUAACCUUCAAUGAGGGCUGUGAAUGUCUUAUAAAUUAAUUCACAAUUUGGAAAUCAAAAAUCAAUGUAGUAAUAUGGGACUUUAGAAAUAAAGAGUUAUUUAUAGAAUUUCUAAGUUUUUCCAGGUUGUAGAAUCAGUAAAAUCAAAUUAAUAUGAAGUAAAUGAAAUAUUUUUUACAGAAUACUCUACACUGGCACUUUUGGCUAAUGUUUCACAUGAAUAAACCCCUAAAGAAUUAUUUUUAAAUAUUUUCUGCCAUAUAGAAAAUUAAUAGUUAUUUUAAUGCAUAACAGUUAUAAUGUAUAAAAUGUGUUUUAAGCAUAGCUAUACCAAAUCAUGAGUAGUUUUUAAAUUAUGUUUUACUUACUAGCUCUGCAACAUUUUACAUGGCUUUUAUUUACCUUUUAACAUUGUGAGCAUACCUCAUUCUUAAUAGAAAAUAUUUUAGUUAAAAAGAGAGAAAAGGAGCAGGGUCAGACAUAAAAAAUCCUAAAGAGUAACAGGUACAUACACAGAGAUGACCAUAUGAGACAGAGAUUCAGAUAGAUCUGCAUUGACUAACACCCCAGUGUUAUUACCUUAAUCCAAUGUUUUCUUAUUUUUUUAAAAUAUAUUUUUUAUUGCCGAAACCGGUUUGGCUCAGUGGAUAGAGCGUCGGCCUGCGGACUGAAGGGUCCCGGGUUCGAUUCCGGUCAAGGGCAUGU